AUAGAUAAGACAUUUCGAAGAUCCAGUUUAAACCAUCUUUACAUCAAGUCUCAUGUUAUCAACCUUAGGCCAAGUAAUGAUGGUUUGGAAACAGAUGUACUUCUUAAAUUUCAGUUUACUUCUAACAAUGCAGACACAAUAAAAAGGCAAGUUGACAAUAUUUUGCAUCAGGAGUUGAAAUCAAAUGAAAGCUUCUUGAAGAUCGAUACUUCAUCACCUUACCUUAGAGAUAUAAAUGCAGCACAAGCAGAGCACAUUCUGAACAGCUGUUGUGGUUUAGGGAAGGAAUCCCCAUCCAUGGAAAGAAUUGCUGAUGGUCAAAUUGCAAAAAGUGGUGACUGGCCCUGGCAAGCCAGCCUGCAAGUGGACGGCAUCCACUUCUGUGGAGCAUCUUUGAUCAGUCAUGAGUGGCUGCUGACUGCUGCUCACUGUUUUGACACUUACAAAAACCCCAAACUAUGGAUGGCUAGUUUUGGAACAACCCUAAGCCCUCCACUGAUGAGGACAAAGGUGCAGUCAAUUAUUGUUCAUGAAAACUAUGCUGCCCAUAAGCACGAGGAUGACAUUGCCGUGGUGAAGCUCUCCACCCCCAUCGCAUUUUCCCAUGACGUGCACAGAGUCUGUCUCCCGGACGCUACUUUCGAAGUCUUGCCUGGCAGUAAUGUGUUCGUCACUGGAUGGGGAGCAUUAAAAGCAAAUGGUCCCCUUCCCAAUACUCUGCGACAAGUUGAAGUAAAGACCAUAAGUAAUGAUAUAUGCAAUGAAGUUAAUGUAUAUGGUGGUGCUGUAUCAACAGGAAUGAUAUGUGCUGGAUUCUUGACAGGAAAACUAGAUGCCUGUGAGGGUGAUUCUGGAGGACCUCUGGUUAUUUCACGUGGUAGAAAUAUCUGGUAUCUUAUUGGAAUAGUAAGCUGGGGAAUAGGCUGUGGAAAAGAAAACAAACCUGGACUUUAUACCAAAGUGACUUAUUAUCGGGACUGGAUUAAAUCUAAAACUAACAUCUAA